UCUAAGUAUGCGCGAGACAGAAAACGCGAGAAUUCUCCGUGCCACGAAGCAGAAGAAGAACGCUCUGUGACUGUGAGAUAGAAGCCUAAGCUCCGUGGAUGUCACAGCAUCAAUUGUGCUCUUUGAGACGUUCACUUACUAUCUCGAACCAUUCUAUGGGACAGUAUCACAUCAGGUUUCAAACGAGAAGCGAGCACCGAUACGAAAUUGCCUUUCUCUUGCUGCUCUUAUCGGUCCGAUGUGGAGAGUCUUCAGGGAACGACACCUUCAUGGACAAGUAUCUUCUGGAGGGGACGCCUCUCGACCUGCGCUUGUACACUUCACGGAGCGUCGUCCACCAGGGAGACAGGGCACGCUUCGUCUGUAUGGCGCUCGUGGCUGACGAAGACGUCUCUUUCCAAUGGCUUGUCAACCAAGAGGAGGUGCCAUCCGGAGACUUGUACGAAGUUGCUGAAGACGCUAACCAGAAUGUCAUCCUCAUCACAUCCAGAAAUUACAAGAUGCGCUACAGCGCACUCCGCAUCCUGGUCGCUUCCCUUGGGUCGCACACCGUCAGCUGCCGUGUGACCACGAGGAAGGAGACCCGAAGUGUCUACCAGCUGAGCAGUGCCUUUGAAGUUAAGAGCUACACCAUGCCCGACGGGACACCAAAUGCCGUCUUUCCCGGUCAUUCAAACAUGGGCUCACUGUGUGGUCACUCUGCGCGCUGCGUUGGCCAGGACGUCAAUUGCGUGUUUGGCCUGGAAGAUCUACCGAGAUGCGAAUGUGUCGGCAACGCCAACCUUCAUGAUAUCUUAGAGCAGUGCAUACGCAACCAUGUCCUGGACGGAUUCUGCUACUUCAAGACCCAGUGCAGUGGCUUCAGCCUCGAAUGCGAUACAGAAAAGAACCGAUGCGUCUGUCAGGACGGAUAUGAGAACACUUCUUCGGGAUGCAUCACGCACGUCGCUCGAGAUGAGUUUUGCAACAACUUCCGGGUUUGCGUCGAGCCCGCCAUAUGCGUGGACAGAGUGUGCACCUGCGCUCCAGGCUUCUACAGUUACGGCAGCGGCUGUAGGAAGAGAGGCCUUAAUCGGGCAAACUUCGUUCUUCGGAUCGUGGUCAUCGUUUGCAGCUUCGUCUUCCUUGCCGUCCUUUGUUGCAUGGGAGAAUAUUUCAAGCUGAAUACGUACAAGCCCACCGUGCUCUUCCCUCCGGAUCAAAGGGUUCCAGGCUCUGCCAGUCAAACGAGCUGCGAGAUUCAUUCACGAGAGUACCUUCAUUCACGGGCACGAUCCCUCACUUCUCGAAGUUCCCUCCCAGACAUCAGCGUAGAUGACGGCAGGCCUUUAUGAUGAUGUUAAUGGACAGAAGUGUUAAUGCUCCUACUAUAUGCCCUUUGACAAUUCUGUGUAUCAUCGUAUGACGUGGUCUGAAACCUCGACAGCCAAACAAAUCAUACUGCACAAACCGAUUUUGUUCCAAUCAUAUUGGAACAAAAUGGGCUCUUGCUCACGGCCGUGGAGUGAUAGGUGGGCAGGAAGUGGCCAUAGUUCGCUGAAGCCCAAUUGUGUUUACCGUAACGACAAAAUGUUUCCGAAUGUUCGCCUUUUUUACGCGAUAAAUCGUCAAACGGC